AUGAGCAAAAGUCCUUUCAGUAGCAGGAUUAUGGCAGCAAAAACAGCUGUACCUUUAAUGAGCUCCAUUAAAGAGCUAUAUGAGCUUGCUAAAAGAAGCAUGACAAAAGAAAUACGCUCGAAUCCAAUAAAAAUAUUGAAAAGCACAAAAAGAAUUGAUAUAAAUAACUUGAGUAAUUUCUUUGAGGAUAAAACUCAGCUAUUAUUGAAUUUGCAGAUGCGGAAAAUAGGAAUUUUAAUCAAGAAAUACCAAGUCAAACGAAUAAAUAAGGAUUAA